AUGAGGGUGGGAGUGGGUGGGGCAGGCGCGAGCGGCAGUGCUAAAGGAGCCCGGCGGAGGCAGCGGUGGAUUUGGGACUGAGACGCUGGAUCUGUGGUCGCUAUUGGGGACGUGCGCCGGCGCUACCAUCUUCAGCUGAAGAAGCAAUUACUCUUGGAUCCUUCUGUUUACAAUGGCCCAGAGAACUGGACUGGAGGAUCCAGAAAGGUAUCUCUUUGUGGACAGGGCUGUCAUCUACAACCCUGCCACUCAAGCUGAUUGGACAGCUAAAAAACUGGUAUGGAUUCCAUCAGAACGCCAUGGUUUUGAGGCAGCUAGUAUCAAAGAAGAACGGGGAGAUGAAGUUAUGGUGGAGUUGGCAGAGAAUGGGAAGAAAGCAAUGGUCAACAAAGAUGACAUUCAGAAGAUGAACCCCCCGAAGUUUUCCAAGGUGGAGGAUAUGGCAGAAUUGACAUGCUUGAAUGAAGCUUCUGUUUUACAUAAUCUGAAGGAUCGCUACUAUUCAGGGCUUAUCUAUACUUACUCUGGACUCUUCUGUGUAGUCAUAAAUCCUUACAAGAACCUUCCAAUUUAUUCUGAGAAUAUUAUUGAAAUGUACAGAGGGAAGAAACGUCAUGAGAUGCCUCCACACAUCUAUGCCAUAUCUGAAUCUGCUUACAGAUGCAUGCUUCAAGAUCGUGAGGACCAGUCAAUUCUUUGCACGGGUGAAUCGGGUGCUGGGAAGACAGAAAACACUAAGAAAGUCAUCCAGUACCUUGCUCAUGUUGCCUCAUCACACAAAGGAAGAAAGGACCAUAAUAUUCCUGGGGAACUUGAACGGCAGCUUUUACAAGCAAAUCCAAUUCUGGAAUCAUUUGGAAAUGCGAAGACUGUGAAAAAUGAUAAUUCAUCUCGUUUUGGCAAGUUUAUUCGGAUCAACUUUGAUGUAACUGGCUAUAUUGUUGGGGCCAACAUUGAAACAUACCUUCUGGAAAAGUCUCGAGCUGUUCGUCAAGCAAAAGAUGAACGUACUUUUCAUAUCUUUUACCAGCUGCUGUCUGGAGCAGGGGAACACCUGAAGUCCGAUUUACUCCUCGAAGGCUUUAGUAACUACAGAUUUCUCUCCAAUGGCUAUAUUCCUAUUCCUGGACAGCAAGACAAGGAUAAUUUUCAGGAGACCAUGGAAGCAAUGCACAUAAUGGGCUUCUCUCAUGAAGAGAUUCUCUCAAUGCUUAAAGUAGUAUCAUCAGUGCUACAGUUUGGAAAUAUCUCUUUCAAAAAGGAAAGAAAUACUGACCAAGCCUCCAUGCCAGAAAAUACAGUUGCACAGAAACUCUGCCACCUGCUUGGAAUGAAUGUGAUGGAGUUCACUCGGGCUAUCCUAACCCCCCGGAUCAAGGUUGGCCGAGACUAUGUACAGAAAGCCCAGACCAAAGAACAAGCAGAUUUUGCAGUAGAAGCAUUGGCAAAAGCUACCUAUGAGCGGCUGUUUCGCUGGCUCGUUCACCGUAUCAAUAAGGCUCUGGAUAGGACUAAACGCCAGGGAGCAUCUUUCAUUGGAAUCCUGGAUAUUGCUGGCUUUGAAAUUUUUGAGCUGAACUCCUUUGAACAACUGUGCAUCAACUACACCAAUGAAAAGCUGCAGCAGCUGUUCAACCACACCAUGUUCAUCCUGGAGCAGGAGGAGUACCAGCGGGAGGGCAUCGAGUGGAACUUCAUCGACUUUGGCCUUGACCUGCAGCCCUGCAUCGACCUCAUAGAGAGACCUGCUAAUCCUCCUGGUGUGCUGGCCCUUCUGGAUGAAGAAUGCUGGUUCCCUAAAGCUACAGAUAAAACGUUUGUUGAAAAAUUGGUUCAAGAACAAGGUUCCCACUCCAAGUUUCAGAAGCCACGGCAAUUGAAAGACAAAGCUGACUUUUGUAUUAUACAUUAUGCAGGGAAGGUGGACUACAAGGCCGAUGAAUGGUUGAUGAAGAACAUGGACCCUCUGAAUGACAAUGUGGCCACCCUCCUGCACCAGUCAUCAGACAGAUUUGUUGCUGAGCUCUGGAAGGAUGUGGACCGCAUUGUGGGUCUGGAUCAAGUCACUGGUAUGACUGAAACAGCUUUUGGCUCUGCAUAUAAAACCAAGAAGGGCAUGUUUCGUACUGUUGGGCAACUCUACAAAGAGUCUCUCACCAAGCUGAUGGCAACUCUCCGAAACACUAACCCGAACUUUGUUCGCUGCAUCAUUCCAAAUCAUGAGAAGCGGGCUGGAAAACUGGAUCCACAUCUUGUGCUAGAUCAGCUUCGCUGUAACGGUGUCCUGGAAGGGAUCAGGAUCUGUCGCCAGGGCUUUCCUAACCGGAUAGUCUUCCAGGAAUUCAGACAGAGAUAUGAGAUCCUAACUCCUAAUGCUAUUCCUAAAGGUUUCAUGGAUGGCAAACAGGCCUGUGAACGAAUGAUCCGGGCUUUAGAAUUGGACCCAAACCUGUAUAGAAUUGGACAGAGCAAGAUAUUUUUCCGAGCUGGAGUUUUGGCACACUUAGAAGAAGAAAGAGAUUUAAAAAUCACUGAUAUCAUCAUCUUCUUCCAGGCUGUGUGCAGAGGUUACCUAGCCAGAAAGGCCUUUGCCAAGAAACAGCAACAACUAAGUGCCUUAAAGGUCUUGCAGCGGAACUGUGCCGCCUACCUGAAGUUACGGCACUGGCAGUGGUGGCGAGUCUUCACGAAGGUGAAGCCUCUUCUGCAAGUGACUCGCCAGGAGGAAGAACUCCAGGCCAAAGAUGAGGAGCUGUUGAAGGUGAAAGAAAAGCAGACAAAGGUGGAGGGGGAGCUUGAGGAGAUGGAGAGGAAGCACCAACAGCUUUUGGAAGAGAAGAAUAUCCUUGCUGAACAACUGCAAGCUGAGACUGAGCUCUUUGCCGAAGCAGAAGAGAUGAGAGCAAGACUCGCUGCCAAAAAGCAGGAACUGGAGGAGAUUCUCCAUGACCUGGAGUCUAGGGUAGAGGAAGAAGAAGAGAGAAACCAGAUCCUCCAGAAUGAAAAGAAAAAAAUGCAAGCUCAUAUUCAGGACCUGGAAGAGCAACUGGACGAGGAAGAAGGAGCACGGCAAAAGCUGCAGCUGGAAAAGGUGACAGCAGAGGCUAAAAUCAAGAAGAUGGAAGAGGAGAUUCUGCUUCUGGAAGACCAGAAUUCCAAAUUUAUCAAAGAAAAGAAACUCAUGGAAGAUCGCAUUGCUGAGUGUUCCUCUCAGCUGGCUGAAGAGGAAGAAAAAGCAAAAAACUUGGCCAAAAUCAGGAAUAAGCAAGAAGUGAUGAUCUCGGAUUUAGAAGAACGUUUGAAGAAGGAAGAAAAGACUCGGCAGGAACUGGAAAAGGCCAAACGGAAACUGGAUGGUGAAACAACUGACCUACAGGACCAGAUUGCCGAGCUCCAGGCUCAGGUUGAUGAGCUCAAGAUCCAGCUGACCAAGAAGGAGGAGGAACUGCAGGGUGCACUGGCCAGAGGUGAUGAUGAGACACUGCAUAAGAACAAUGCAUUGAAAGUUGUACGAGAGCUACAAGCCCAGAUUGCUGAGCUCCAAGAAGACUUUGAGUCUGAAAAGGCUUCACGGAACAAGGCUGAAAAGCAGAAAAGGGACUUGAGUGAGGAACUAGAGGCUCUGAAGACAGAGCUGGAGGACACUCUGGACACCACAGCGGCUCAGCAAGAACUGCGCACCAAACGUGAACAGGAAGUAGCAGAGCUGAAGAAGGCUCUCGAGGAAGAAACUAAGAACCACGAAGCUCAAAUCCAGGACAUGAGACAAAGACACGCAACUGCGCUGGAGGAGCUCUCUGAGCAACUUGAACAGGCUAAAAGGUUCAAAGCAAAUUUGGAGAAGAACAAGCAGGGCCUGGAGACGGACAAUAAGGAGCUGGCAUGUGAGGUGAAGGUGCUACAGCAGGUUAAGGCCGAGUCCGAGCACAAGAGGAAGAAGCUGGAUGCUCAGGUCCAGGAGCUCCACGCCAAGGUGUCGGAAGGUGACAGACUCAGGGUGGAGCUAGCCGAGAAAGCAAAUAAGCUACAGUUGGCUGAGACCAAGAAGAAAGUAGACGAUGACUUGGGAACAAUCGAGAGUUUGGAAGAAGCCAAAAAGAAGCUUCUGAAGGAUGUGGAGGCCUUGAGCCAGCGGCUGGAGGAGAAGGCAUUGGCUUAUGACAAGCUAGAGAAGACCAAGAACCGCCUGCAGCAGGAGCUAGACGACUUAACGGUGGACCUGGACCAUCAGCGCCAGAUCGUCUCCAACUUGGAAAAGAAGCAGAAGAAGUUCGAUCAGCUGUUAGCAGAAGAGAAGAACAUCUCUGCUCGCUAUGCAGAAGAACGGGACCGGGCUGAAGCAGAAGCUAGAGAGAAAGAAACCAAAGCCCUCUCCCUAUCUCGGGCUCUUGAGGAGGCCUUGGAGGCCAAGGAAGAAUUCGAGAGGCAGAAUAAGCAGCUCCGAGCAGACAUGGAAGACCUGAUGAGCUCCAAAGACGAUGUGGGGAAGAACGUUCGGGAGCUCGAGGCAGAGCUGGAGGAUGAGCGUAAACAGCGGGCACUUGCUGUGGCUUCAAAGAAGAAAAUGGAGAUAGACCUGAAGGAUCUUGAAGCUCAGAUCGAGGCUGCAAAUAAAGCUCGGGAUGAAGUGAUCAAGCAGCUCCGUAAACUUCAGGCUCAGAUGAAGGAUUACCAACGUGAAUUAGAAGAAGCUCGUGCCUCCAGAGAUGAGAUUUUUGCUCUGUCCAAAGAGAGCGAAAAGAAACUGAAGAGUCUGGAAGCAGAAAUCCUUCAGUUGCAGGAGGAGCUGGCCUCAUCUGAACGCGCCCGCCGGCAUGCAGAGCAGGAACGAGAUGAGCUGGCCGAUGAGAUCGCCAACAGCGCUUCUGGCAAGUCUGCGCUGCUGGAUGAGAAGAGGCGCCUAGAGGCCAGGAUUGCACAGCUGGAAGAGGAGCUGGAGGAGGAGCAGAGCAACAUGGAGCUGCUCAACGACCGCUUCCGCAAGACCACUCUACAGGUGGACACGCUGAACACAGAGCUGGCAGCUGAGCGCAGCGCUGCCCAGAAGAGUGACAACGCUCGUCAGCAGCUGGAGCGACAGAACAAGGAGCUGAAGGCCAAGCUACAAGAGCUCGAGGGUGCUGUCAAGUCCAAGUUCAAGGCUACCAUCUCAGCCCUGGAAGCCAAGAUCGGGCAACUAGAGGAGCAGCUUGAGCAGGAAGCCAAGGAACGAGCAGCUGCCAACAAACUAGUCCGUCGUACAGAGAAAAAGCUGAAAGAAAUCUUCAUGCAAGUUGAAGAUGAGCGGCGACAUGCAGAUCAGUAUAAAGAGCAGAUGGAGAAGGCCAAUGCCAGGAUGAAGCAGCUUAAACGCCAGCUGGAGGAAGCCGAAGAGGAAGCUACACGUGCCAAUGCAUCUCGGCGUAAACUGCAACGGGAACUAGAUGAUGCCACAGAGGCCAAUGAGGGCCUGAGCCGUGAGGUCAGCACUCUGAAGAACCGACUGAGGCGGGGCGGCCCAAUCAGCUUUUCUUCCAGCCGAUCUGGCCGGCGCCAGCUACAUAUUGAGGGAGCUUCACUGGAGCUGUCAGAUGAUGACACAGAAAGUAAGACCAGUGAUGUCAAUGAGACACAGCCGCCCCAGUCAGAGUAGAGUCAUGGGAAGUCAGAGGUGAUGCAGUGGACACGCAGGAACUCAACCCAGUGCCUCUCUGCUUGGGACAUCUGCAGAUUCAGGAAUCACAAGCAAUGGGAUUCCUUAUGGGAAGAUCAACUGUGUCUUAAGGCUUUGUAGACUGUAUCCUGCUUCAAACAAUUGCUCCCCUUUUUAUAUAUAUACCUACACAAGACAUGCAUAUUAAACAGAUUGUCUCAUCGUUGCAUCUAUUUUCCAUAUAGUCAUCAAGAGACCAUUUUAUAAGACGUUAAGAAGAAGAGCCCUUUUUAAAACAAACUCUAGACCCUUUGUUGCCGGUUGCCCCAGGGUCGUUGCUCAGUCGCUCUGCAUGUUCUGCCUCCCUAACAGGUACCUUAGUUCUGUGUUCAUGUGGCCCUGACUCAACCACAUCCAGUCUCUUAGAACAUUGUGGAACCUAACCUGCACUUGUAUCUCUCAUUUCCUUUGAAUAAUGAUCACUGUUUCAGUGAGCAAACUGUGAAAGGGGCUGUGGAAGCUUAGGAGGGGUGGGGUAGAUUGGGGCGAACAGCAUCCAUUUGGGGUUAUCAUGCCCAUCUCUGAGGGAUCCUCUGCUCCUCAAGUUGAUGGUGUCCUGACCAUCUCUUCACGUGGAUAGUCCUUGGGCAGAGGCUGUCUGCACACACAGGGUAGUGACCACAACCAGCAAGGCUCCAGGUGGCAGCCAUCACAGGACUUCCAGAUGGUCCCCUGAAGUGUGCCUGGCUUGCCGAUGCCCUCCUCGCUUCAAGAGUCAUCCGCUGUAGCCUGCGGAUGCUCACAGAAGGCCGUCCCCUGCCAGCCAGACCCUUAUGCUGACCUUGCAAAUUCAGCCACUGCUUUGAGCCCAAAAUGGGAUUACUAGUUGUGUUGGGAGGCUUGUUCCAAGUUUGUCAGUGAGGUUAAAGGACCUCAAGAACAGAUGCCACCUGCCUGAAUGUUGACACACCAAUGGGUUCGUGAAUCAUCGAUUUUUUUUUUUUCCUUUUCUCUUCCUUUGGACAGUGUUACAGUGAACACUUAGCAUUCUGUUUUUGGUUGAUAGUUGAACAAACUGACAUUACAGAAAGUGCCUUAGACACUACAGUACUAAGACAAUGUUAAAUAUAUUAUUUGCCUCUAUAACAACUUAAUUAAGUUUUGACUGUGCUUCAUAUCAUGUACCUCUCUAGUCAGAGUAGUAUUAUAAACAUUCAGUGACAACCAAUCAGUGUUAAUGAUAAAUCCCUGAUAAAUCCCAAUCCUCUGCAAUGUGCUUGAAAACACAGACCUUUUGGGUUAAGAGCUUUAACAUCUGUUAGGAAGAAUUUGUCACGUGGGUUUGGAAUCUUUGACUUCCCCUAUAUGAAUUGUACUGGCUGUUGAUCACCAGACACCUGACUGCAAAUAUCUUUUCUUGUAUUCCCAUAUUUCUAGACAAUGAUUUUUGUAAGACAAUAAAUUUAUUCAUUAUAGAUAUUUACGCCUGUUCUGUUUACUGGGAGGAAAAAGCACCCGUUGAGAAAAAACAGACCUCAAUAAACAAGAGUAAUCAUGUGAA